AGCGUAAUUGGAGUGCAUUUGAGAUGGUAAGAUUUCUAAAGUUUUAUUACAUUCUACAAUGUGCAAAUAAAUAUGACUUGAUAAUUUUCAUUAGAUCAAUACAAAGAGAAGAAAUCGUAUGAAGCAGAAAACAAUGAACGAUGUUGUUUUUGUCAUGACUAAUUCAAAAUUGGCAAAAAAGAAGAAAGCCAGGAGAUCAAAUCCGCUCAAACUAGAAGAUCUUUCGUCAGAUGAUGAGUGGAUUAUGGAAGAUGUUGGUGAAGACCCAAGAGGUGAUGAAGUUGCUGCUGGCAAUAACUCCACAGAUGUUCCAACACAAAAUGGAGAAGAAGAGGCUGCUGCAAAUGUUCAACCUGAACAUGAAGAGGAGUUGGAUGUCACCAAUUUAGAUGAGGGAGAUGAAGAUGAAGAUGAAGAUCAAGAACUUGAGGAUUAUGAUUUUAGCAUUGAUAAUUAUGUUUUAGAUGUUUAAGAAUAAAGUUUUAAGUCAUUU